CUCUCUUUCUCUUUCAAAUCGACAUUUCUCAUUCGAAAGAGUCACAUAGUUUCCGGCAUUUUUUCUUCAUGAUCGGAUCUACAAAUCGACGCACGUCGCGAACGGGGUACAUCGGUUCGAACGUCGCACAGUAAAUUAUUUUUUGCUUCGUUAUCUCGUCAUUUUUCUCCCUCUCCCUCUCUUUCUCUCUAUUUCUCUUUCUCUCUCUCUCUCUCUCUUUUUCUCUGUCUGGUGGUAGUCGCGAUACCACAAUCCCUAAAAUAUUUAUGCGCAUAGAUAUCGCUAUCACGUGCGUCGGAUCGUACGCUCAAUACGAGAGAACAUAUAGAAUCGAUAAUAUCACGUUCGUUCGAACGUCUAGCAACGUGACGUGUCGAGCUCGAAAAUAACAUAAAUAGGAUGUGUACCAACAAAUUCAGUGUUCUUUCAAAGUCAGAAGGAACGUAAGAUUCUUAGAAGUAUCUCCUCGAUUGUUGUUGACUAUUAUUACGUUCAAAUACGAUCAGAGAUAUAGAAAAAAGAAAAAAAGAAAAGAAACGUACCAAAACAAAACAAACGAAAGAAGAUAUAAACAACAUUCAGUGCCUAUGAGAGUGAGUCAUAAGUUCGAGAGAUAAUAGUGAGAGAAGAAUUUUGGUGUCAGUGUGAAAAUUGAGUUCAGUAAGAAUCCAUCGGUUCGUGUGUGCGGAAUAGUAUGUGUAGUGUUUUCGUCAAUCAUUUCUUUUCCUAUUGCUUUUAAUUAAGUCGUUAUCUUUAACGUGGCUAGGAUCGUGAAUUCCGUCGUCGAUCCGCUCGGCGGAACGGACGCGAAUCGUCGAGCGAUAAAUGAAUGUUGUUACUCCGGCUAGUCGUGAUCGUGACGGUGAAGAAGAAGAAGAAGAAGAAGAAGAAGAAGAAGAAGAAGAAGAAGAAGAAGAAGAAGAGGAAGAAGAAAAAGAAGAAGUAGGAGAAGAAGAAAAAGAAAAAGUCAAGGCACGUUAGCAUCACUCGAUUUAAAUUCAUAAAUGUGCGAGAGGAGGAGCCCACAAUGGUGGCUCGAGUCCCGCAACAAGUUCUACUGCUACUCGUACUCGGAACAUUGCGAAGGGCAAACGACGACGAUGAGGACGAAGACGAAGACGGCGACAUGUAAGUUGCCGGAGCAUCCGCAGAGUCGACGCAGGAAAGAAAAGAUUCCAGUUUUUACAUUAACGAACGAAGUAGAUCUGCAAGUAGAUCCUCACGUUCCAUCUUACCAUCAUCUUCAUCGAUGUCCUCGUCUUCAAUGUCGAUUUUGUCAUCUUCCGAAAGAACUCUCCAAAGAAUUUUUAAAACGACACCCUGGAGCAACGUCGAUAGCACACAAACAUUCGGAUUGGCUCAUGGAUCCUCGAGGAUGAUGUCAGAGGAAAACUCGGAAAAGACGCAAACGACAAUCCGAAAUUACCUUUCAAACGAGUCGAACUCUUUCUCAUCCUUGAGAAAUCGUCUCGAGUAUCCUGUCAUCGAACCAUCCGAAAAUUUCGACGUUUCUAGAAUAUCGACAAAAGGAACGUCAAAAAUUUCAAGAAACAUACCAAUCUCUUCUACAAUCACAGAGAUAAUCCCAACUACGGAGACUCGAGGAAUAUCAACAGAAAUAUUCUCCAAAACGACAAGCACGUCGAUGUUAUUAUCAUCGUCAAGGGACGACAUAUUUCGACGUCGUCAAAUGAGACACGCCGCAGACAAAUGUGAGAAAUUUCUACUCGGCGACGAAGCUAAGAGAGAAUUUUACAGUCCGAAUUAUCCGAAUCCUUAUCCGAAUCAUACGGAAUGUGUCAGAGUUCUCGAAGCUGACGAGGGUAUGUUGCUGAAGCUGGACUUUCGGGACGAAUUCAAGCUCGAGGAUAGUCCCGAAUGUCGUUUCGAUUCUCUUGAGGUCCGUGACGGCAAGCACGGAUAUUCGAACCUCCUAGGAAAGUUCUGCGGCUCGAAUUUCCCGCCUGAGAUCUCUUCGAAGACAAGAUACCUCUGGCUACGUUUCCACAGCGACGAGAAUAUCGAGGGCAAGGGAUUCAAGGCCGUCUGGAGUAUGAUACCCAGACCAACUUAUCCCGGAGUUCCACCAGAGAUAGAACCAUGCAUAGUUAACGUGACUGGUGACGAAGCUAUUAUCAGCCAUAAUGACGUAGAGGACAAGAAAAAAGUAGCCGAGAAGGAGGGUAUACCUUUGGACUGCAUGUGGGUGAUAAGAGUUAAGGAAGGAUGGAAGAUACAACUGGCAUUCCCGGACUCGAGUCAUUUCAAAUUGCAGAGGCCAAACGAGUGCGAAGCUAAUUUCCUCGACGUUUUCGAAGAGAAAACGGAUCUCCGUUCACGAUUGAAAAAUUUUUGCGGUAGCAUCGCCGAUACAGUCAUAGUGAAAUCGAACUUAGCAUAUGUCCGUUAUUACGCUGAGCCUAAAGCUCUGAACAGCACCUUUGAAGGCGUGAUGACUGCUAUCAGAGACAAAGAAGCUGGCGAGACAACAUGCAGAAGCGGAGAGUACGACUGCGAGGACGCGACCUGCAUCGCCUCUAGAUUACAGUGCAACGGAAGGAUCAACUGCCGCUUUCGGUGGGACGAAGAUGAGUCGACAUGCGACCAAAAGAAAUCGAGUAUCAUCGACUCUCAGCACAUCGUCAUUAUUCUUGUUGUUUUCUCCCUCAUCGUCUUUGGCAUGAGCUUCGCGUUCUUCUUCAAUUGUGUGCGGAAGCUUAUUCGUGAUCAUCGAAUCAUUCAGGAACACAUAAGACAGUCUAGAGAAAAUCGAUUGGAUGAACUAGGUCGUAAAUCUACACCGAGGCCUCUCUCAACUUCGAGAACGGACAUCAGAGAUCGGAGUAGCGAGUCAUCUAGCUUGGAAGUGGUACCGAGCAAAGAACUUUUACCACCGAGUACAGUGAUAGCAGAAGAGUAUACGGUAGCUUAUAACAACAAAAUCACUUACAACGGACGAGACAUGAACGACAUACAUCAGAGUAACAAUGUAAGCAACGCGACUCAAGAACGAUUGCAGGAGUCAAACGAUGAGCCAGAAAUGCGAGAUAAUUCGUGUCAGACUAGGGAGAGUCUAUUCGAACCACGAUUAUCGGACACCGUGGUACCACCGGCGUUCACGACUUUUGGAUUUCGGAAUUCGCAAAAUGGGACCAAUUAUCAUCGUCAUCAUCAUCAUCAUCAUCACCAUCACCCGCAAAGUCCGCAAAAGUCACAUCCAAGUCCAUCGCUCUCGCAUCAAAGCUCUCAACAGUCUUCUCAACAGAGCUCGCAUCAGCAGAAUAGUUCUCAGUGUUCAGGUUGUAGUCCAGCAUCUAGAGGACGAGACGGUAGUAUGGGUGUCUGUCCAAAGCACAAUCCAAUUCCAGCACCGCCAGGUUGGUCGACCCACGAGUUGAGUUAUCCUCCUCAACACCAGUCCGGGCAAUAUCAAGAAGUUACGGACUAUCCUUCCUAUCAGAGAUUCCAAAGUCCAAAACCUGGCGGAGAAGGUGGUACUUAUCAUCAGUCGCCUAAGUUUAUCAGACAGAAUACCGUAGGUUCCGGUGAAAGAUAUGGUAGUUCGGUCUACGGUUCUGGUCAAAGUUCCACACAGAUUUCUGGUCAUGGUUCUAGCAACACAACGUCGAGUACUCAACACUCGACAUCGUCCAAGUCCCAGCAACAACAGCAACAACAACAACAACAACAACAACAGCAGGUUCCUAGUGAUCCUAGGUAUAAAGCCGAAGCUAUUAUUGAGAUCGAUCAAAGAAGACCAUUCAGCAUAGAAAGCACAAAAUCAGCCCCAGACGUUAUAGCGACGCACUGACGCCGGGGCUAUGGGGAUUGGGAACCUUACAGGAGACGCCAUCCCCGUAAAAACAUAGACGACACUCAACAAAUUCAACAAGAAACACAUAACGAGCGAGUUAAAGUAACUGUGGCUACUCAAAGUUCGUUGGACGAUGACACGUCGACCAACUCUACGAUGGAACAUACAUCGUCCUCCUGAUCCGUGCAUCAAAACGUCGUAGUCGAUCCACCUGACUCUUUUAUCGACGAUAAGAACACCUCGAAUAAACCGUCUCUUAGCAUUUUACCAAUCGAACAAAAAACGUCGCUAUUCAAUGAACUCGCUGUAACGCGAUUAUCUCAGAGAUUGGACGAUUUACCGAUCCUAAAACCACCUGGUAACUUCGGAACGCCUGUCUUCAAAUGCAAAACGCCUUCCUUAUCUUGGCAGCACUGUGGCUGCCCUUCUCAUUCUCAUUUACCACCUCGAAGAUCGACGAUCACCUGGAGUGCCUUGAAACGUUGCGGACAGGACGCCUUCUAUCGCACUUGGCCUAAUAGAUCCGCUAAAAGGCUACUGCGGCCUCAAAAGAGGACCGUCGGUACUCAGAGUUCCUUCGACGGCGUUAGGUCAUCGCUUGGGACACUUCGUUGCGUGUCCAGAUCGAUCGAUAUGACGGCGACUACGAUGGAUCAGGAGAUCGGGGUAUCUAUACCUUUCUAACGAUGGAUUUACGUGUUCUACUCUUCCUCCUAUCGAUUAUUUCUUAAUUUUACUUUUUUUUCUUUUCUUUUUAACUAAUCCUUAUUUCUCUCUCUCUCUCUCUCUCUCUCUCUCUCUCUCUCUCUCUCUCUCUCCCUCUCUCUUUCUCUCCCUCUCUCUUUCUUUUUCAUUGAAUCUUAACAAGUAUGAAAUGAAAAAUUUGUCGCGUCGUGAUUCUCAGGAAGGGUGGACGAACGAUCCAAUCUGAUAAUAAACUCUCGAAGCAUUUUUAAGAACAAUUGUCUAAAAAGGCCGUAAAAAUAACAGAAAAAGAGAAAGAUUCGCUCUUUUAUUCCUAUCGCCGAGAAAACAUCUUCGACAUUCACGUGAAAAAUCAAACGAUAUAAAGAUCAUAUCCGUGAGUUCUAAUUGGCAGUAAUUUUCUAACUGUCGUAAUAAUAAAAGAGUAUGUAAUCAUUAAGAAUCACUGCCUUCGAUUCCUAGAAAAAAUAUCAGGACAUCUUUUUCGCGAGCAUUAAUCAAGGAUAAUGAAAAUAGUAGAGGACGGCCUAAAUCGUAUUUGGAAUUCUUUCGUCGCGUAACAUAUCGAGAGUUAUGAGAAUUAUUAAUCGUUUCUCGACGAAUUGUCGAGCACCGUAAUUGCCUAAAGUUCGAAGGGAAAAUUAAUAUUAUAAUAAUAAUUAUAAUAAUUAUAAUAAAUAAUAAUAAUAAUAAUAAUAAUAAUAAUAAUAAUAAUAAUAAUAAUAAUAAUAGUAAUA